AUGGUUUUCACAUUUUCGUUAGGGUUUCAAGACAGUGGUUGCAACACUCGUGGUGAGGGUUUCUUUGUGGGGAAUAUGACGUUGAUGAUAGGAACGGCUAGAUCUGAGCAGACAUAUUGGUUGCCAUACAUCGAAGUCGCUGAACACAUUCUCGUGCUAGACGUCAGAGUCGUUGGAUUCACCACUAUUUUCUCUGUUCGUCUUCUUCGGUGGUCGUUUUUGUUCUCCGAUGGGACCGCGAAAUUGCCUGAGAUUGAUAAUCCGUCGAAUAAAAAUUACACCACUUCACCUGCAGUAUCGGGUUUGAUGCCUAUUCGGGUUCUGUAUAAAUCUGGAAUGGGAAACAAAAACGCCGCUCCCGCAAAAACUGGGUUUUUCGAAUCGAUUUUAGGGGGGCCUAAGAAACGGCAGAAGACUAAGAAAAAUAGGAAGAGUCGCAAUGCCAAGGGGUCGGACGUAUCACCGGAAGUCUCUAGUGGCGGAUCUCAACAUGGAUCCAUAUUGCAGAGGAAAACAGGGAACAUGAAGGAGCAUUAUACAUUGGGUAGGGAAUUAGGGCAAGGUCAAUUCGGGACAACGUUUUUAUGCGUGGAAAAGAGUACCGGAAAGGAAUUCGCUUGUAAAUCGAUCGCCAAGAGGAAGUUGGUAAUGGAGGAGGAGAUAGAGGAUGUUAGAAGGGAAAUACAGAUAAUGCACCACAUGGCAGGACAUCCAAAUGUGAUCUCCAUUGUCGGCGCUUAUGAAGAUGCGGUUGCGGUUUAUCUUAUCAUGGAGCUUUGCGCCGGAGGGGAGCUGUUUGAUCGGAUAGUAGAACGAGGGCAUUAUACAGAGAAGAAGGCAGCCGAUCUGUCUAGGGUCAUCGUCGGGGUUGUGGAUGCAUGUCAUUCUUUAGGUGUUAUCCACAGAGACUUGAAGCCUGAGAAUUUUCUCUUUUUCAGCGAGGAAGAAGAUUCCCUACUUAAAUCAAUCGAUUUCGGGCUUUCCGUCUUUUUUAAGCCAGGUGAAAAGUUCACCGAUACAGUCGGGAGUGCUUACUACAUGGCCCCUGAGGUCCUGCGAAAAAAAUAUGAUCAAGGGUGUGAUGUUUGGAGCGCAGGUGUUAUCAUAUAUAUACUACUCUGUGGGGUCCCACCUUUUUGGGAUGAAAUGGAAGCUGGGAUAUAUCAGCAGGUGUUGAAUGGUGAACUUGACCUUGAAUCAGACCCAUGGCCAAGUAUAUCUGAAAGUGCAAAAGAUCUUCUUAGAGGAAUGCUCGUAAGAAACACCAAAAAGAGGAUGACAGCAAGUCAAGUUCUGAACCACCCAUGGAUUCAAGCUGAUGGUGUUGCUCCAGAUAAGCCUCUUGAUACUGCUGUUCUAUCUCGUUUGAAGCAGUUUUCUGCCAUGAACAGAAUCAAGAAGAUAGCUAUAAAAGUUAUUGCUGAGAGUCUAUCUGAAGAGGAGAUCGCUGGAUUGAAAGAGAUGUUCAAGAUGAUGGACACUGAUGGCAGUGGUCAAAUCACGUUAGAGGAAUUAAAGGAAGGAUUGGUAAAAGCAGGCGCCAACUUUAAGGAUUUAGACAUGAACAAACUAAUGGAAGCGGCGGAUAUCGACAACGAUGGAACGAUAGACUAUGGGGAGUUUACAGCAGCGAUGCUGCACUGUAAUAAAAUCCAGAAGGAGGAUCAUUUGUUUGCUGCUUUCUCGUAUUUUGACAAAGAUGGGAGUGGAUACAUCACCGUGGAGGAGCUUCAUCAGGCAUGUGAGAAAUUUGGUUUGGGUGAUAUACCACUUGAUGAAAUCAUGAACGAAGUCGACCAGGACAAUGAUGGGAGGAUCGAUUACAGUGAAUUUGUGGAUAUGAUGGAAGAACGUGAUUUUGGGAUGAACAUCAAAACAUAAGAGGAACGUCUUCAUCAGUAUAGUUAGCUUUAUAACCGGAUUAUGUUAAAUUCUUAUAGGUUUUUUUUUUUCCUUUUUUUUUUAAUUGUUCUUGUUAAAAAGUUGAAGUGUAAAUCGUCCCUAUGUAAUUAUAUCUUUACUUUAAUCAAAAUAAAUAACCUUGGUUUUUAAGUCCU